UGUAAAGAAUACAAAGAAUUUUCUCUCUAUCUGCGUGUGAAUACAGUAUACAGAUACAAGAUAUGGCCGGUGAUAAUGGGCAUGUACAUGUAGAAUAUGAUGAAGAAAGUUUGAGUAGUGCAAACAAAAUUCAACCUGUCUUCUCUACACCUAUGCCAGAGCACUGGACAGAUGAGCAGAAAAGGACGAAGAAUACUUCUCUUACACUGAGUGAAUCGCUGGGCUUGGAAGACUUCCUUUCUUUAGAUGUUUGGAGAGCCUCACUGGGAGAGCUGAUUGGCACAGCAGUUCUUGUGUUCAUGCUUGACACUAUUGUGAUAUCAACCAUUGAGACUGAUGUCAAAAUGCCAAACCUUGUAUUGUCAAUCCUUGCAGCCAUUAUUAUUGCAAUAGUACUUCUUGCAGUGCAUCCUAUUUCUGGAGGCCACAUCAACCCAGUUAUCUCCUUCUCGGCUGCCCUAGUUGGGUUGAUCUCUGUGUCGAAAGCCUUAAUCUACAUUAGUGCACAAUGUCUUGGAGCCGCGCUAGGUGCACUAGCUCUUAAAGCUGUGGUUAGUAGCACCAUUGAACAAACCUUCUCACUUGGAGGCUGCACCCUGACAGUGAUUGCCCCUGGCCCGAAUGGGCUCGUUACAAUCGGCCUCGAGACUGCCCAAGCCUUUUGGCUAGAAAUAAUUUGUACCUUCGUACUCCUUUUUGCUUCAGUUUGGAUGGCAUAUGAUCAUCGCCAAGCAAAGGCAUUAGGUCGUGUUCUUGUCUUUUCAAUUGUGGGAGUUGUGCUAGGUCUCUUAGUGUUCAUCUCCACCACAGUCACGGCCAAAAAGGGCUACGCCGGGGCGGGGAUGAACCCGGCUAGGUGUUUUGGUGCAGCGGUUGUUAGAGGUGGCCACCUAUGGAAUGGACACUGGAUUUUCUGGGUGGGCCCCGCCAUUGCUUGCGUGGCCUUCUAUUUGUACACGAAGAUUAUUCCACGUCAGCAUUAUCAGGCGAAGUUUUAUGAUCACGAUUUCUUUAAUGUUGUCAAGGCUAUGUUUUGAUUUAAUGAAUAGUUGUAACUUAUUCAAGGUGAAAGGUGUCUUCCUUCUUUUGUUGCAUCUCUCUCAAGCAACACGUUAAUGUUGAGAUGUGUGCCAAUACAUGGACAAGUUUCGAUGCACUA